CAAAGAAUGMCUUGCACAUAUGGCAAACUUACGUUGCAUCGUGGUAUUCCAUAAUGGCAUUGUGCAUAGGACUGCCGGUAAAAUCUAACCGACGCUCUUUGUGCCGCCUUCUGGGAAGAGAAACAUCUUCCUAUCGAUUCGGCUUCCGGUCCUCCCGAGCAAUGACGACGAAGKGGACUUUGGAUGCGCCGAAAAUGCCACAUUCCUCUUCUUCGUAUGUGUUCGAACCUCCUCCUAUCUCGAGUCUUCCCGUUGUGGGAACCUCGAAGCAGUUUCCCGUACGAAGAGUGUAUUGCGUCGGAAAGAACUACGUGGAACACGUGAUCGAAAUGGGAGGCGAUGUCAAACGGAACAAACCGGUAUUCUUUACUAAACCGAAUAUUGACGGUGUCGUAUAUGCCGGUUGUCUCGGGAAUAGUAGUGACAAGCCAACUUCUAUUGAUUAUCCCCCUGAUACCAAAAAUCUUCAUUACGAGGUGGAACUGGUGGUUGCUAUUGGAAAAGAACCAAACGAUUGCGUUCCGAAUGAUGUGCUGUCACCAAACAUUCUGGAUUGUGUAUUCGGAUACGCUGUGGGAAUCGACCUGACCCGUCGGGAUUUACAAGACGAGGCAAAAUCAAAACAAUGGCCCUGGGACACCGCAAAAUAUUUUGAUCAAUCGGCGCCGAUAGGGCCCAUCACACCCAGAAAAGAAGGGAACGAGGAUUAUUUUGACGACAACACAGGCAAACUCGAAAAGCGAACCAUGGCGUUGACUGUGAAUGGGGCAACCCGACAAUCCGUAGACCUAGAAAAGAUGAUUUGGAAGGUGCCGGAAAUUCUUUCCGAAUUAUCGAAAUCUUUUCGAUUGAAACCAGGCGAUUUGGUUAUGACGGGAACACCAUCUGGAGUUGGGCCGGUGGUUGUUGGAGACCGACUGAUAGGAACCAUUGACGGAUUGGUAGAACCCGUGGAUAUCACCUUGGUAUAGAYUGCAAAAUAWAMUGUUGCGCACACGGCAUGUGUUGCUGGAGGGCAAUGAAUGGUUCGUAAUCGAUGAGUCUACGUCGCCACGCAUAGUAUUAGAGACUUCUUCCGUUCUGUCCCAUGCUUGCAUGCAACGAAGCGCAGACUAUCGAAACACUUUCCUGCGCCCGUUGUUUGUAACAUCAAAAGUAACAGAGUGGGAUUGGCAUUGAUUGUYGUAUCGAGACAAUUUCGGUGGGAGAGAAAGAUUACUGGAAGGCAGAAACGAAAGCUUUUGCCAGUCCACGCUCAUCGUACGCAUUUAUCUCUGUUACAGGACGUAUGUGUGGUACGUACAGUACUUAUCCCCAACAGGAUGGACAAUUUUCAAAAAUUCCCCCUGUUUUUACUUUACUCUUCACGUACACACCGUACAGAACAGUACAAUUAUGGAAUGAUGCUUCAACCAAUUUUUUAUUUCUGCACUCAGAAAUAUUCGAUGAAACAAUAAAUACCUUAAUAUCAGCAAUAUCGGUACACUAGUACGGUACGAUAUUCAUGAUGUCAAGUUGUGAAAAUCAAGGCUGAAAUCGAUCGUGCGUAACCAUGUACUAGUAGUAAAAAAUAAUGGAAUUAGUGUACA